AUGAAUACGAAUUCUGCAACUUUACAGGCGACGCCAUCAGCACCUUUGUCUUUCGUCUCAGGCCCACGAACGCCAGAAUUGUGGUACAAGACGUUGGCCGAAACUGUUGAUCAACAGGCAGCAAAAUAUGGGAACCACACGGCUAUCAGUUUCCCAUGGCAGAGUCACAAGCUUUCCUACCGAGAGUUGGCAUCUCGAAGCGAACAGCUGGCGAAAUCGAUGUUAGCCUAUGGUCUAGGACAUUCGGAUUGCAUUGCAAUCAUGGCUGGGAACCGCUACCAGUAUAUUGAAGCAUUCCUUGGUGCCGCCCGAAUCGGUUGCCCCUACAUCGUUGUCAAUAACACGUACACACCUCAAGAGCUAAUAUCUGUGCUCUCAAUGACAUCAUGCAGACUUCUUUUCGUUGCCACCAAUAUCGGGCUAAAAGGCCUAUCGAAGCACCUUGAAGGAGUGCAGGGAGCGGCCGACACCCUCCGGCAACUCAAGCACAUCGUGCUCCUUUCAGAACGCAUACCAGACACACAUCCAAAUUCGAAGCUGUGUACCUAUUCGACAUUUGUGUCUAAAGGAGAGGCCAUGGAUGCAGCGACCCUUCAGCAAGCUGAGAGAGCUGUCCAAUGCAGUGACAUCGUAAAUCUUCAGUUCACUUCUGGCACAACCGGAGCACCCAAAGCAGCUAUGCUUUGCCAUACAAACCUCAUCAACAAUGCUCGUUUCAUCGCCGCAGCAAUGAAGCUAAUUCCAUCCGAUGUUGUAUGCUGCCCACCUCCAUUGUUCCAUUGUUUCGGGCUCGUAUUGGGUUUCCUGACUGCAUUUGUGCAUGGCAGCACUAUUAUAUUCCCUUGUGACCAGUUUGAUGCCAAUUUGGUGCUAGAGACACUCAAUACGGAGAAAUGUACGGCCAUUCUCGGCGUACCGACGAUGUUCAUCGCGGAAAUAGAAGCCAACAAGAAAAAGAAAUACAAAAUUUCUUCAGUAAGGACCGGACUAGCAGCGGGGUCAUCAGUUCCUCCGGCUCUAAUGAGGCAGUUGAAGCAAGAAUUCGGGGUUCAAGGAAUGUUGAUUGCAUAUGGUAUGACAGAAACGAGCCCGGUUACUUUCAUCACAUCCCUCGACGAUCCGGAAGAGAAGCGAUUCAAGACCGUUGGGAGAAUCUGCCCACAUACGGGAGCGAAAGUGAUAGAUAAAAAAGGGAAUGUUGUACCUCGAGGAGUACCCGGGGAGCUGUGCGUAAGCGGAUAUGCGUUGCAAAGAGGAUAUUACAAGAACCCAGCCAAGACGCAGGAGGUGAUGAAGAAGGACGACCAAGGCGUGCUUUGGAUGUACACUGGGGACGAGUGUGUCAUCGAUGCUGAUGGCUAUUGUACAGUGACAGGUCGGAUUAAAGACAUGAUUAUUCGAGGAGGCGAAAACAUCUUCCCCGCCGAAAUUGAAGAACGACUCCUCCAGCACCCAUCCAUCACCGAGGCCUGUGUCGUCGCCGUGAAGAACGAGAAAUACGGCGAAGUCGUCGGCGCAUUCCUUCGCCUGAAGCAAGGACGCCCCAAACCGAGUUUGGAACAAAUCAGGCAGUGGGUGAGGCAAUCCUUGGGCUCGCAUAAGGCGCCUGCCCAUGUAUUUUGGAUUGGUGAUGAAGGAGUGGGCAAUGAUUAUCCUAAGACGGGGAGUGGGAAACAUCAGAAACAUAUUCUUCGUGCCGUGGCGGAUAGGCUUGUAACAGCACAGGGUAAUGUUCAGGCCAAGUUAUGA